UGUAACCAAAUCAGCUGGAGCCGCUUUGUUACCUCCUGUCCUGAUCUUUUAGCAUUGCAGUCUACUUCAGGUCCUUUUCCAUUGCUUCAAAGUGUGAGCCUCCCACUGUCGCUGGUUUCCCUGGUGGACGUGCUUUAAUAAAGCCCCAGAGUUUAAAGUGUGUAGGCAGAGAAGCUGGGAAUGGAAAGAGGCGGUCGCCAUCUCCACGUGUUUGCGCUCUAACUCUGUCACAUGUGGAAAGGGACGCAGAAAAACUCUGCUCAUUAACUUAAGAGCAGAAUAUCAGCCACUACGCACACACACACACACACACACACACAGUGAUUAUGUCAUCACCCAGUGCUGUCCUCUACUCAGCUGUAGUAUCUCUCCAUUCAUGAAGUGAAACUGUUGUCGAGGCUCCUCCGCUGCACUCUUUCUGUCUGGGAUGGAGGCUGUGGCUCUUUUCUCUUUCGCAGCGUCAGAAGCAGACGAGAUCAGUUUUCAGAAAGGUGAUAUCAUCAAGGUGACAGAAAUGGAGGAGGAUUCUUGCUGGGUGACAGCAGAGAUCCAGGGGAAGCGUGGCUACGUGCCCGGGAACUACAUUUCCCUCCUUCCACACCCGUGGUUUGCAGGACCGGUGUCAAGACUUGAGGCUGAACAGCGUCUGCGUUGGCAGGACACUGGAGUGUUCCUGGUGAGGGAGAGUGAAUCAGCUCCGGGAGAGUUUUCCCUCUCUGUUAGCUAUGGCGACAGGGUGGAGCAUUUCCGUGUCCUGGAGGGCGGCGGUCAGUACUGCAUCUGGGAGGAGUCGUUCUGUUCCCUCAACCAGUUGGUGGAUUUCUACAGAACUCACAGUAUUGCUGUGGAGAAAGUGGUCUGCCUCAAAGAUCCUCCCUCAUCCCCUGAGCUGUUGUCGCACUUGGUGCGUAACCCCUAUCCUAACCCUUACAAAAGCACCUCUCAGGAGUCCAUCCCCUCGGGCCGUCUCUACUCUAACCCCUCUCAUCCGGAGGGAAAUACAUCAUCGCGUCUGCUGAAACCAGUUGUGGAGAAGCCUCGGCUGGCUCACGCCCUCUGCGACUACACCCCCCCUCACACCGCCCACCUCCACUUCCUGCGCGGUGACAUCAUCGACCUGCUGGACUGCUCGAGCUCCUUGAGCUGGAGGGGUCGCUGCCGAGGCCGGGUGGGGGUCUUUCCACCGGAAUACGUGCAGCCGCUGUACCACUGACGCCAUAUCAGGACUGGGGCUGCGUUGCUGACACUUAUCAGUCAGCCUGCAGUGACUCACCUUACUUAUCCAGUGACCAAUCGCUGAAACAAUCAGUCAAAUGAGACUGACUGAGCAGAUUUCAUUACUGAUUAAAGACCUAUUUCCUGUCAUCUUUUCACUAUGACCUUUAAAUGAUAGGUCCUGUCUCUAUGAUAGCGACUUGUCAAUCUCAAGGUUUGCCCGCCCUAAAUCAUAUCGCCUAUUUUACUACAAACGGGACCAUCAUUUAUCAAAUGAACACCACGCUGUAGUCAGCAAGCUCUGAAAACGGCAACUGAGACCAUGAACCAGUUCAGAUCCUGAGGUCCUACAUCCACGAGCACUGCAGUCAUUUUCUCAUACAGGCCUGCUGCCCGGCAAUGCUGCUGACCAUUAGAAAGAAUUCAGGUUUAAUUCACCUCACCGGCGGCUUCAUUUUUCACACUCCAAGGCUGUUUCAAUCCUUUAUAUACAGUCUGUGGUUGAAUACAGUUGGAUAGGAAGAGAUGUCACACACACACUUACACAAAAUCACAACAAAAACACACCCUUACGCUCCGGAUUACCCUCUGACUGUUAAACUCUACCUAAUACCUGCGAGUGUAAGUGGAUUCACGUCUAUUUAGUUAUAAAGAAAUGAACCAACGGCCUUUUGUAGGCAGGUUGGAGGACUUCAGUGCAAAAUCAGUGUAGCACUUUUCAGGUUUUUGUUGUUUUUUAAAAAAAUAAUGUAUGCCAUUUUAAGUAAUAAAGACAAAUAGCAAACAAUGCUUCUGGUUCCCUCUUCACAGAUCUGAGGAUUUGCCGCUUUCUGUGUCUGACACCAUUAUCCUUAUUUCCUAAAUAACUCUGGAAGUUAUUUACAUAGCAAAGCUUGGCUGUGCUUCAUAUUUGUGGGGCAAUUUUACAGACUUAUCAGUAAAACUAAUAACAACUUACAGAUAAUUUCAUCAUAAGCCGAAUUGUUUAGACCAUAGGAGGAACCUGUGCCGUUUAAUCUGA